UCUUAUAUAUAAGAUUAUCUCUUUACCAAAACAAGAAACACCCUUUCUUCAGAUACCCCUUCUUCUUCCGUUUCUCACACCACACCACAUCAAUCACAAUGGCCGCUACCGAUUACAAGUUUGAGGGCUGGGUUGGCCUCGACGAGAAGUCCUCCGAGGGCAACAUGGUCUGGCAGCAGUAUGAGCCCAAGGCGUGGGAGGAGAACGACGUCGACAUCCAGAUCACCCACUCCGGUGUCUGCGGCUCCGACAUCCACGUCCUGCGCUCCGGCUGGGGCCCCGCCCCCUACCCCGUCUGCGUCGGCCACGAGAUCGUCGGUGUCGCCGUCCGCGUCGGCUCCAAGGCCGUCGGCGGCAUCAAGGUCGGCGACCGCGUCGGUGUCGGCGCCCAGUCCGACUCCUGCCUUGGCCGCCAGGGCCCCUGCGAGCCCUGCGAGACCAAGAACGAGCAGUACUGCCCCAAGUCCGUCCACACCUACGGCCACUUCCACUACAACGGCGGCAAGGCCAUGGGCGGCCACUCAAAGUACCACCGCUGCCCCUCCCACUUCGUCGUCAAGAUCCCCGACGGCCUCGAGUCCGCCUACGCCGCGCCCAUGCUGUGCGGUGGUGUGACCGUCUACUCCCCGCUCAAGCAGCACGGCGCCGGCCCCGGCAAGACCGUCGCCAUCAACGGCGUCGGCGGCCUCGGCCACAUGGCCAUCAUGCUCGCCAAGGCCAUGGGCGCCGACAAGGUCGUCGGUAUCUCCCGCAAGGGCGACAAGCGCGACGAGGUCCUGAAGAUGGGCGCCGACGGCUACAUCGCCACCAGCGAGGAGCCCGACUGGGCCAAGACCUACGCCAACUCCUUUGACAUUGUCAUCUCCACCGUCUCCUCCGCCAAGGUCCCCAUGCAGGACUUCCUCAACCUCGUCAAGCUCGACGGCUCCCUCGUUCAGGUCGGUAUCCCCGACGACGGUGCCUACACCAUCUCCCCCGUCCCCAUGGUCAUGCGCCGCGUCAAGUUCACCGGCUCCCUGAUCGGAUCCCCCCACGAGAUCCGCGAGAUGUGGGAGCUCGCUGCCAAGAAGGACGUCAAGCCCUGGAUCCAGGUCCGCCCCAUGAGCGAGGCCAACGAGGCCAUCGUCGACCUUGAGGAGGGCAAGGCCCGCUACCGCUACGUCCUCGAGAACUAAGCGGGAGUAAUUGUGUUACAACAUGAUUGAACCGUUUAUGGGGAUGCUGUAUAUAAGAUGAGGUUGAUGACAUGACUUGGGUGCAUAGAAAGGGCAUAGCGAUUGGUUACAUUAUAGACAUAGAGAGAUAGAUAAAAUCUCAACUCAGAAGCUGACAGCUUCGCAUUUCACAU